UGAAUUCAGAUAACGAAUGAAUUACCAUUAUUUUAGAAAUGAUAAAUUUCAGCUUCCACUCCUCAAUCAUUUCAAUGUUUUUUUUUCAACUUUAGAAAUAAACUCCCAUGACCCAAAAAAAUACGCAUUUUCAAAUUCGAUGCAAAAUUUUUGAUAAUUUUGAAUUUUUUAUGGGCACUCUAGCCUUGGUCUUGAAAUUGUUUGUCUCAAUGUGAAUUUGAAAAUUUCGAAUCCAAAUCAGACGUUGAUUUUUUCGACUCGUAUGCCUUCCCUAUACAUGGAGAUGGACUUGGCCCAAAAAUCUGAAAAAUUUGAAUUAAAUCGUUCCUGAGAAACGUUUGGAAUUUUUUCAAUUUCAAAAGAUGGGCACAAAAUUCAAAUUUUUUGGUAGAAAAUAAUUCUUGCUCCAUUUGGAAGAAAUACAGAAUUGUAAAAUCGAGUGAACCACAUACCCAAUGACAUGGAAAAGAUUCUCAAGAUCAAUUUAAUCAUUUCUUGACGUAAUCUUCAGCAACUCUGCAAAGUAUUAGUUUGUUGUUCAAUCAUAGUGACAAAGCAUAAUUACGUUCUACUGCACCAUGGCAAUGGCAUCUUCGUCGUCGGCAGAGUCCACAGAGUCUCCUAAACCAAAAAGAAUCAAGAUCUGUAGUCCAGAAAACUCAAUUACUUUGAAAAUUCUAGACGACCGUUCAAAUCGAAUUGUAGAAUUGGACGAUGGAGCCGAUGGAGUACAUGUAAACUGCCAGACAAAACCCACAACGAUGGCUGAAAUCGAAGAAAUGUUGGAUAAAGUUUGGUUCCAGGACAACACGAUGUCCUUCAAGGAUAUAAUUUCGGGGAAAUCUUUCACACUUCUGCUUUACCCCCAUGGUUCGGGUAAAACUACCUUAGCUCUCCUGCUUCGAUCCUUUCUAUCGGUUGAACGAUGGUCGCCUAAACUGAAAGAGUUUUUUGAAAACUGCGAAUUGGCGAAAUUAGAAAAAGAAUUUUCCGACGAAUACAAAAAUGGCAGCAAAGUCGUAUAUAUAUCGUUCGAAGAUAUUCAAGGCGAUACCGAAGAAGAGUUCGAAGAUUCUCUCGGAGAGAUCAUGCAAAAACUUUUUAGAAUUCAUACUUCGAAUACUGUUUACGAAGAAAUAAGGAGUUCAUUCGUAAAAAAACGGUCAUAUGUUUACUUUUCGUUGGCGCGACUCAUGACUGAGCUUAUUGAAAAAUCGAAAAUAGCAUAUCUAAUCGUAGAUUCGUGUGAUACUGUGUACAACCGAAUCGCUCACUUUCCUAAUGCAGUCGAAAUCUGUGAACAAUUCAGGUAUUUUUUGAGAAGGGCAGUGCCGAAGUGUGGCAUUACGGUUGUAAAAUUGUUCUGCUUCGGUGUAUCGUCGUUUUUAAUAGAAGAGUUCGCGUCGAAGGCUUACAUCCAUAGUAUUUUUAGUUCGAAGGAUGAGAACGGAUUGAGUCGUUAUUUUUCGUAUAACUCCAACACCAUCGAUGCGGUUAUUAAAGCAUGGAAUUUACCAACUUCUGUCGCUGAAUGCGAGCGAUUAGCUAUGUUUCAGUAUAAUAAUAAUAAAUUCAUCAACGCAGGAAUUUGUGUGCCAUUCCUGAAAUGUUUGAAAGAUGGAAAAAAACAUUUUCAAGUCGAUAUCGUGCCUCGCUCCUUAUGGCCUGACUGUGUGUUUUCGUUCGACGAUCACAAGCUACUGUUGGAUUUGCUGAACCACCCAGUAUGUGAGCUAGAAUUCAACAUGUGCUUGAGCAUGUAUGAAAUUAUUGGCCGGCUUCAGAAUCCGGAUCUGUAUUCGGAUCGACGAUUUUUUUACCCAUUACUGAUCUAUAACGGAUUAUUAUCAUCAGAACAUGUAAUCGAUAACAAAUAUUCGCUGACAAUUGCCAAUGAAACAUCCCGUUGCGUUCUAAUAAAAAGCUUAGAUGAAAAGUUUAUUCAACUGAAUGUUUUGGAAAAAUCGAUUUGACUGGUCCGCUUGAUAUUGAAAUAUAAUGUUGAAAGCUUCACUUUGAUUUUCUAUUCAAAUCGUUGUGAUAUUUGUGAGGAAUCACUUUUUUCAAAGUUGCGAUUGCGAUGGAGUUAAUGUUCCUUCCUAAGAAUGGAAAGCAUAUUCUUCCGAUUGUUUUUUCUCUAGAACUGAUUUGAAUAGCGGCGAAUAAUAUUAUGUUAUUACUUGUUAGGUACUUACCCGUUUAAAUUCUAUUACAUCUCAAUUGCACGUC